AAUACAGGAGGAACACUGCAGCGUGCUGCUCCGGCUGUGGGUCGGUCCAGCUGCUUGUCACGCCUCUUGUAAACAUCACAGCGGCUGAAAAGACUUCCGCAAAGGAUACACUGUUGUAUCCUCGCUUGUAGCUCCUUCAGCAAGCCUCCUCCAUUCUCGAUGUGCAUUUUAAGAAUUGAGGUGUCCUUCAAGAUGGCGUACUGAGAUCAAUUUCCGGGUCACACGCUCGAGAAUCGAGGAGAAAGAAAUUUGGGAAAUGAGAAAGGCCCCCUGUUCUCGGGUCUCUGUGUGUUUGUGAUGCCGGUCCCCUUGUGAGAGGCCCGGUAAACCAGCCGCCGCUACACUGAGCUAACGUUAGUUAGCCGCUGCAGCUAACGUUAGCUGCUGUUAGUACCUUCAGAUAGUACCAAAGGCUACAGAGGAAGCAGGAUGGCAGACGAAGCUCCCUUCCAGUUUUUACAUAACGAAAUGAUCCAGUACAUUUACAAGUCAUCCGAAAACGGAGAGACGGAGAAUGGAAGAAAUAUCACCAAACUGGAGAAUAUGGGGUUCAGAGUCGGCCAGGGGCUGAUAGAGAGAUUGACCAAAGACACGGUGCGAUUCAAAGACGAGCUGGACAUCAUGAAGUUCAUUUGUAAAGACUUCUGGACCUGCGUGUUCAAGAAGCAGAUCGACAACCUUCGAACCAACCACCAGGGCAUCUAUGUUCUCCAGGACAACAAGUUCCGGUUACUGAGUCAACUGUCAGCCGGGAAGCAGUAUCUGGAACAAGCCCCGAAGUACCUGUCCUUCACCUGUGGCCUGGUGAGAGGAGCUCUGUCCAACCUGGGAGUGAAGAGUAUUGUGACCGCUGAGGUGUCCAUCAUGCCCGCAUGUAAGACGAUGUCACUCCUCCGUUAUCCAAUCAGAGACAUCUUCAGAGGGGUAAAUUCCAGGUCAUGAUCCAGAAAAUGUGACUAGCCGAGGCCACGCCCACUCCGCUCUCUCCCUCACCUUCAUACAUCCUUGAGCUUUUGCCAAAUAGUAAAAUAUUCGUGUCUCUAUACUUUGGGGAUUACGUUGAUGAUUUCCUGCAGUCAAUAUUAUCAUAAGUGCACAAACACUUUCCAACGCCAUGGCGAGUAUUCUUGAGAAGAGUGAGUGAAUGUGUGACACAGGACUGUUUAUGGAAGAGCUUUGGCGCCCUCUGUCUGUCUGUUGCAAAAAGUUAAACUGCACUGUUAAAAAGAUAUUGGUAAUUAUCAGUAACAUUGACAGGAUUUCUAAAACAAAGCCCUGCUAGUGAAUCUAUGAUCAUUCCAAGCUUUCAGAAACUAGUUUCAUGUUUCAGCAAAUCAUAGAAAAUGAAAUGGCAUAGAUAGAUAGAUAGAUAGAUAGAUAGAUAGAUAGAUAGAUAAACUAUAAAUGAAUAAAUACAAAUGAGGAAAUGGGGCCUGGAACACAAACUGCGUUUCUCUACAGUUGGAUGUUGAACGGAAGCAGAUGAGUAAUUAACCUGUGAUCCCAGUGCUCCCCACAGGGUGAAGACACUCACUGUAGCACUGAUGAUGGGCAGCAGUCUGUCCUAACUGUUCAGUACGGUUUUUAUUAACCUUGUUUGAACCUUCACGUUGAAUCCGUUGCAAUAAAUUCCAGUGUGAAGUCAACUGCGGUGCCUCACUGUCAACAGUUCAGCCUAGAUCAGGUUAAUUUCUUGAUUCCAGAAAUAUGAAACCCACUUACAUGCUAUACAGAAAGAAUUCCUGUGUGUGACCUGCUGAGAACAGCUGAUUAAGCUCAGAUAAAGCACCUGGCCGUUUACAGGAGUCACAGCGACUUCAGAGCUUUUUCACGGGAAGGUCUUCACAAAAGCAGUUUUUGAUGGCGGAUGGGUUAGAAUUUAGACCCAUAUUAGUUUGACAGCAUAUGAUCCAAACCCAUGACCUGUCAGCCAAUCACUGAAGACGAAGUGACCGAGUUCAGCAGGAAAGUUUCAGGUCGUAAAAACCAAAACAACGUUAAAUCUGUAGUGUGUAGGACCAGAAUUUUAGUUUAAAACAUGAACUACUAUUAUCAACAGAAAGAUAUCUCUGUAGGCCUGCAAUGCUCUGGCCCAAUCUCAAUGUCCCCCUAAACACUCACGACUUAUUUGACGUCACCUGGUGAGUGAUUGAGUUCGAUGGGCUGCAAGGGCUCUAAAUGCUAAACAGGAACGGGACAGCACUUUAUGACAUUAUCGGGUUUCCCGCGGCUCCUUAUAAAGUCUGAAAAGGUCUUAAAUUGUCUUAAAUUUACCAUACUGUAGGUAUUAAAUUUGCAGAUGGUGCGUUUAAGGCUAGUGGGAAAAUGGACAUUUUACGUUUGCAUUAGCUGCAGACGUUGACGUCUGGCAUCACGUCACAUUUCAUAGUCAGUUGUGGCUGCAAGAUUGGGAGACGCAAGUUUAAAGUGGUUGAAGGAAGAUCCGAUCGAUCUGUCUGGCUCAAACAACCUAACAUCACAUCCUCAAAUUUGCGCAGGUCCAAAAAUGAUCAAGGCUAUAGCCUAACCACAGGUUAAAAUAACUUUCUAAAGUGUCUCUUUUCGCUGGGACUUGUUUUCCUCCAUGGAUUAGGCUCCUCUCUCUCUCUCUUUUUAGCGGUGCGCCCAUGUAUUAUUUCGGCCGGAAAGUGAAAUCUAAGUUUGGGCCCGCAUUGUUUUUUUGCUGCCUUUCUUUACAAUGUGUAGGCUAUUGUUUUCUGUUUUUUUAGUAGUUUAUAUUAAGUUUAUCCAAGGACUUUGGUUUAACACAGCAGUAGGUUACAUGAGUUAAGCCUGGGCGAUAUGGCCAAAAAUGUUAAUAAAAACUUCACUAUAAAAGUCAA